AUGCAAUCCGCAUCGGCAACAUUGACUCCUUGUAUCUUGGAGUUGGGUGGCAAAGAUUGUGCAAUCAUUCGUCACGAUGCAAACUUGGACCAAACGAUUCCGAUAAUUCUGCGAGGCGUAUUUCAAAAUUCCGGACAAAAUUGCAUUGGAUUUGAAAGAAUCAUUGUGCACGAAAAAUUGCACGAUGAACUUGUGAAAAAGGUUUAUGACAAGAUCAAGCUGAUGAGGGUGGGAUGCUCGUUAAACGAUGAGGAUAGAGCUGACGUUGGUGCAAUUACGAUGGGCGACCAGUGUGAAAGAAUCACGGCUCUCAUAAAAUCUGCUGUAUCUGCGGGUGCCACUCUUGUGCAUGGCGGUCACGCUUAUAUUCACCCAAACUACCCGACGGCCCAGUACUACGCCCCAACCCUGUUGACCAACGUGACUUCCAAGAUGGAGAUCUCACAAACAGAAGUGUUCGCUCCAGUGAUGAUAAUAAUGAAAUUUAAAACCGACGAGGAAGCCAUCGAGAUUGCAAAUAGUGCGCCAUACGGGUUGGGUAACUCGGUGUUCACCUCGAACCAGGGUGAGGGAGACCAAAUAGCAAGAAAAUUGAGGUGCGGAAUGGUAGGCGUGAAUGAUUUUGGCGUUACCUACAUGUGUAACCUACCAUUUGGCGGGGUUGGCGGUUCCGGAUUUGGAAGAUUUGGAGGUGUGGAAGGGAUAAGAUCCCAAUGUUUGAUGAAGUCAAUAGCACUAGAUCGAUAUCCAUCAUUGAUUCGAACCACGAUACCACAAAUUUUGAAUUAUCCAAUUUCCACCAAUGGAUCAAUGUUUGUGAACAAUUUGAUUGAAGUAAUUUACGGGAAUAGUCUGACGGAUAAAAUCAAGGCUGGCAUUAAGAUGAUUAAGAAUAGCAGGAGGUGA